GGGCCCGCUGAGUCCUCCUUUCUCAUGUAUGGAUGCGGAUGUGGAGGCAGGCCCUAAGUCUUAGUGUAGGUGCCGAUGGUGCAGGUCUCAGCCAAAAUGAGUGAUACCCCUUCUACUGGUUUUUCCAUCAUUCAUCCUACGUCUUCUGAAGGUCAAGUUCCACCCCCUCGCCAUUUGAGCCUCACUCAUCCUGUUGUGGCCAAGCGAAUCAGUUUCUACAAGAGCGGAGACCCCCAAUUCGGCGGGGUCAGGGUGGUGGUCAACCCUCGCUCCUUUAAGUCCUUUGAUGCUCUGCUGGAUAACUUGUCCAGGAAGGUGCCCCUCCCUUUUGGAGUGAGGAACAUCAGCACCCCUCGGGGCAGGCACAGCAUCACGCGCCUGGAGGAGCUGGAGGACGGCGAGUCCUACCUAUGUUCCCACGGCAGGAAGGUGCAGCCUGUAGACCUGGACAAAGCCCGUCGGCGCCCGCGGCCCUGGCUCAGCAGCCGGGCCAUUAGCGCGCACUCACCGCCCCACCCCGUAGCGGUCGCUGCUCCCGGCGUGCCCCGCCCCCCACGGAGCCUGGUGGUCUUCAGGAAUGGCGACCCGAAGACGAGGCGUGCGGUUCUUCUGAGCAGGAGGGUCACCCAGAGCUUCGAGGCUUUUCUACAGCACCUGACAGAGGUCAUGCAGCGCCCUGUGGUCAAGCUGUAUGCUACGGACGGAAGGAGGGUUCCCAGCCUCCAGGCAGUGAUCCUGAGCUCUGGAGCUGUGGUGGCGGCAGGAAGGGAGCCAUUUAAACCAGGAAAUUAUGACAUCCAAAAAUACUUGCUUCCUGCUAGAUUACCAGGGAUCUCUCAGCGUGUGUACCCCAAGGGAAAUGCAAAGUCAGAAAGCAGAAAGAGUAGUAACUGGAAAGUUUUUAUAAUCACCAGUGACUUGCCAGAUGCAGGGACCAGCUCACAGAUUUAUAUUAUUCUGUAUGGACAACAUAGAAGUUCAGCCCCCAUAUAUCUUUAUGGAACAGAUGGGGCUCGAUUUCAGGUUGGCCAUGAAGACAUAUUUACUAUAACAGUUGGAGACAUUGGAGCACUCUUUAAGAUUCGUAUUGGUCAUACCAACUCUGGACCCUCCCCUUCCUGGCACUGCAAGGAGAUACAGCUGCAUAAUAUGAAUUCUGGAAAACAGUUUUAUGUACCUGUUCAACGAUGGUUGGCACGAGAUCAAGAGGAUGGGGAAAUCUGUCGAGAAUUUCCUCUUUUAAGUAAAGGACAACCCGUCCUUCCAGUGACAAUAUAUGAAGUGAAUGUGGCAACGGGUGAGCUAUGGAAUGCUGGAACAGUAGCAAACGUCUACAUUUCCAUCCAUGGGGAAAAGGGAGAUACAGGAUCCAGACAACUAUUUAGAUCGAAGAGCUCCUUCAAUUUUUUAAGAGGACAAACUGACACCUUUUUCCUGGAGGCUGUGCACCUUGGAGAUUUGUGUAAGAUUGUGAUAGGCCAUGAUGGACUUGGCCCAGGAAAUGGCUGGUUUCUUGAUGAUGUUGUUAUCAAGGAUCCCACAACAAAUUAUGAAUAUGCCUUCUUCUGUCACAGAUGGCUAGAUCAGGGGGAAGAUGAUUGUAAAAUUGUCAGAGAACUGUAUGCCAGGGAUAACAGUAUCUUCUCUGCGAGGCAGAAACUGGAACUUAAGAGAAAAGAAACAUGGACUGCAGAAAGCUGGAAGUUUACAAAAGGAAAUACUCUUCAGUUCUAUAACAAGCUGACUGGAGGGUUUGUCCGUUUGCAUCCAGAUGGCACAGUUGACGCCAUUGGAGAGAAGACAGACAAAUACGGUGUCUUUGAUGUUAUUUUCAACAAAAGAAAUAUAUGCAUUUUCCAAAGUCAUGAGAUGAGGCAUCUUUCUCUUGCUCUUGACAAUGGCAUUGUCACUGGAAUGGUUAGUGGUGAAGCCACCACUGAGCUGCGGGUGCUUUAUCAGCCUAACCGCUGUGCACUUCUUGAGUCGGCACUGGUUCCUGGUCACACAGUUGUUUUUGAUCGUCAUGGCAAAAUAGCUGAUGCAUCAUCAGCAGGCUAUGCAAACCUUUCAAAAGAAUUUGUGAUUUUUGUCAAGGGGGUGUUCCUCAACAGUGCUGUGGUUCUGCUUGCUACAAGCCUGUGUCAGGCCCUGUGUCUCCAGCCUGAUGGAAGCUGCACUGGAGUGGGAAGCCAGUCUGAAAAAUCCUACUGGAAAGUGCAUAAAAUCAGCUCUGGGAUUUGCAUGUUUGAAAGUGUGAAAAAUGCACAAAUGUAUCUAAGAAUCAAGGAUGGCCGAUGCGAUGGAACAGGUACAGGAGAUGUUGACUGUCAUUUUAAAAUUAAGAAGAACUUGAAGAAUGCAUCCAUAAGCCUGGAAUCUACGAAGAGCCCAGGAUUGUUUGUUGGACUUCAGUCAGAUGGGCAGGCAAAACCAAUGAUUUAUACCAAGGAUGAGAAUGUUUGCUUCUAUCCACAAGUCAUCCAAUUUGGCAGAGAAAACCCAAUGGGAAUGUCUGCAACACCCAGCCAAGAAGAAGAAAAGAUCCAUGAGUCAAAAAAACAGAAAAAAAUACCCCCAGAAUCUGAGGCUAGGAGUCCCUUACCUUCUUCAACUGCAAAAGAAAUCAGACAUUUCCAAAGUAGUGAGACUCUUCUGUCAGAAGAUGAAUGGAAGGUGUUAGUGCUGACAGGAAAUACAGGAACUCAAGCCAAUGUCACUCUCUGGGUGUAUGGAGAUAAAGGAGUCACUGGGCCAAUAAGUCUUCGCAAGGACAGCUCAGAGCAGCUCUUCCUUCCAGGACACGAGGAUGAGUUUCAGGUUGAAAUAAGAAACAUUGGAAACAUAUAUAAGAUAAGGAUAGGACAUGAUGGAACCAGUGAGCAACCCGAGUGGAACUUGCAGAGGGUGACCAUGCAACAUACGAAAAGCAAGAAGAUCCUAGAUUUUGCAGCAAACGUAUGGCUCUCUCGGAUUCAGGCAGAUGGGGAUGUUGUCUGUGAGCUUCCUGUAGUAAAAGGAGGACAAGCUAUUUUUCCAUUAGUGAGAUACCAGGUUGACGUCUACACUGGGCAGCUGAAGCAUGCGGAGACGGAGUCUGAGGUUUUCCUCUGUCUCUUUGGGGAGAGGGGAGACUCUGGCCUCAGACAGCUGUACAAAUCUAACAUGCAAGUAAAAUUUCAAAGAGGACAGAUUGAUAAAUUUCAAGUAGCAGCAGUGUCGCUUGGAAAACUGCAGAAGGUGCUGUUGCGCUGUGAGGCCAGUGACAAAUCACAGUACUGGUACUGUGAACAAGUCAUAGUCAGAGAGCCCGGCACCACAUCCGAGUCCAUCUUUACCUGUCAAAGAUGGCUUCCUUUCAUGUCUCAGGGCAUAAUUCAUUCAGAAAUUGAACUUUAUCUUCAAGAAAUGCAAAUAAAUCAUCAACCUAAAAUACAAGAGGAAGCAAACGAUGGAGACUGGAAGGUGACCAUUGUCACUGGGGAUCUUGAAAAUGCCGGCACCACGGCAACAGUGUUCCUUUAUGUCUAUGGAGAAACAAAAUGUUCAGGUCCUAUUAUUUUGGGAUCUGGGAAACACCAGCUGUUUAACCCUAACACUGCAGAUAUAUUCAAGAUCAAUCUCAAAGAUAUUGGUGAAAUCUAUAAAAUACGUAUUGGACAUGACAACACUGGAAAGAAUCCCAGGUGGUAUCUGGAAGAAGUUAGACUUGAAAAUAUAGCCACAUAUGAGCUAUUUUGUUUACCUGUUGAUUCCUGGAUAGCUGAGAAUGAAAAUGAUGGAGAUCUAUGGAAGGAAAUACCCAUCAUGGGAACAAAGAAAGCCCCUUUGCCAGUGGUGCUUUAUGAGAUUCGCAUAUACACAGGCACAAUGACAGGUGCAGAAACAGAGUCUAAUGUAUUUAUCAACCUCAUCGGUACCAGAGGUGAUUCAGGAAAACGAAGACUUCAUCAGUCCAAAAACAAUGAAAUCAAGUUUCAGCGUGGACAGGUUGAUAUUUUUUCCAUUAAGGCUGUAUCUCUCGGAAAAUUGAAGAAAGUUCUGAUUAGUCAUGAUGGAACAGGUCCAGGUAAUGGAUGGUUUCUUGGGAGUGUUGUUGUUAAGUCUGAAGAUGAAGACAGCAGUGAAGAGGUGCUGUUUCUAUGCAACAGAUGGCUAGAUGAGUACCAAGAUGAUGGCAAGACCCAGCGGGAAUUGCUCGCAGAAAGUAGUCCCAGUGCAGGAGGAGAGACUGGGUCUACCAUCUCCUGAAAGGGCCCACUUGGGCCUGUCGCUCGAAUAUGCUUCAAAAGGCUAUUGAUCUGAUUGUGAUAGUGCAUUUGUCUUUUGCUUGGGCUGGAGCAAACACCUGCGGAGGGUCAGUUUGUGUUGGACCGACUCAUUGUUUCUGAGAACUUCCAAAAUUGGGAGGAUGCACUGACAGCCUCGGCCAACAGCUGACCAAGAUCAGCCCCUGGUAUCUGGGGUACCCAUACUGCUGUUGCUCACCUCCUCCCCCUCCUCUUCCUUCGCCUUUUCUUUCCCUUCCUCCCCCCACUUCCCCUCCCUCCUCUCCCUUCUUUCUUUUCCUUUUUCUUUCAGAAAAUCUGACUUACUGCUAAGGUUACUGAAAUGUCUAAAUAAGUAGUCUUUGUAGAAAAUAACUGAAGAUGUCCCUAAUAACAUUUGAUGCAUGAAAAACACUUUUAUGCAACCUAUGUUAAUUUUAAAGUGGAAGUUUUAUUGUUAGACAAUGGUAUGUCUCUCUCAGAAUUAGUGGUAAAAUCAAUAAGAAAAUGUAGAAAGAACCCAACCAAUUGGGUUACCGUGUGUUCCCAGUGCACGUCCUGUGGGUCCACUUGCAGUUUGAGCUUCGAGCUGGUGACAGAGGCCUGCAGGCAGAGAGCAGCAGAGCGCAGGGCAGAUAUCUCACAUCCAUCGGUCACUUUUUCUCAUGAAGCCUCAAAUACUUGUCAACUUGGUGCCACAGGUGCCUUCUUCUAAUCCGUUAAUUUGGCACAUAAGCUAAAACUCAUUUGCCAGCCCCGGAGAGGUCAGGAUGUAGCUUUUGAUAUCAAAGACACCUGUCUUUGAAUCUCUAUUUUGCCCCUGUGAGGUAGAUGCUAUCAUCACCCACAUUUUGCAGAUGAGGAAACCGACACAUGGAAAAGCCAAGUGACCUGCCCAAGCUUAGAGAGUGGAACGAGCAGGAGAGCCGGGAUGUGACCCUAGAAGUCUGACUUCAGAGCCCAUGUGCGUCCAUACUGUGACCUUGGCCCUCCUGCCUUCCCUGCUUGUUUUUAGUAUCCCGUGAAAUCAGGCAGAGGGGCCAAGGAGGCAAAUCUUGCAUACCACCUUCAUGAUUUUUGUCGUCUGCAAUAGUACCUGUACUAGUAUAUGCUUGAUAUUUUCUUCCUUGAACUGUGUCUAAAUCAGUGUAUUUAGAGGUGAAGAGAGCUUGGCCUCAUCCUAAAUCAUAUUCCAAAUAUCCAUGAAAUCACUGAUUUAAUAUGUCAUUACAUUUUUUCCUAAAACACAUUAAAAUAAAUCUAUGUCUAACAAAAAUUUUAGGUUAGUCUAUAUACUACCUAAAAUUAUUUUAUAAAUAUCUAGUAGUCGGCACAUUUCACCAUUACGGUGUGUGUGUAUGUGUGUGUGUGUGUGUGUGCAUGUGUGUAUGUGUGUGUAGAACUUAACUCUGGCCUGGCAGAUCAUUAUUAGUAAAUAAUGUUCAGUAAGUAGAUGCUGUUGUUAUAAUGGUUUCCCUUUUACUAACCCAUGACCAAGAACUAAUCCAUUCCUUAGAAAUGGUAUAUUUUUACAUCUGAGGAUGAAAAUACAUCAAGAAUACAGCUUCAGUGAUUUGAAGUUAAAAACAGCCUUUUUUUUUUCUAAAGUGUCCAGCAGACCAUAUUACAGGUAAGAAAAAUAAGUACAAUAGUUCUCCCUUAUUGGUGGUUUUGCUUUCUGAGGUUUCAGUUACCAGAAGUCAACCACAGUCUGAAAAUAUUAAAUGGAAAAUGUCAGAA